AUGGUUACCAAGCUGAUAAAGUUCAUUGUGCUGAGGCCCAGGGGGAUUCCCGAAAAUUUGGAACUGGAAGUGAAUUGCAGCGAGGUCAUAAAAAAUGUGAAGGAGAAAUUAUUUUUGGAAGAUCUAAAGAAGGAGUUAAACGUUCGGUUCAUAUACAUGGGAAAAAUGCUUGAUGACAAAAAAAGGUUGGAGGAUUAUUUAAGUUAUUAUUACAAGGACUUGACAUUUAAUGGCAAGCACAAUUCAUCUGGACAUGAAAGUAGGAAGGAUGGUCCUGGAGGUGCGAGUGGGAUGAGCAGAGAUACGAAUGUGAAAAAUGGCGUCAACUCUUCCAAGGACAACUUCCAUAACAUUCCUAUUACAAUUCACGUGAAGAUAACGGAAAAGUCAACCUCCUCCGGGAGUGAUCACCUGGACGGAAAGAACAUGAACACGACGUUGGCGCAACUCAGCCUGAUCAUGUUCGUCUCUCUUCUCUGGAUGUAUCGAUACAACUACGCCGAAGCAUUCCCCCUUUUCUCCUCCAUCGUACUCUGCAUUUUUACGGUUAUGAUUGUGAGUCUUCUUUUCUAUACUUAUAUAAUAAUGUUUUUUCAAAUUCUGCUUAAGGUAAUGGUGAUAACGUACAACUUGGUAAAGCAGAGCACGGUGCGCGUAUUGAUCUUCAUCAAUGAGAGGAAGGCCAAACUGUUUGUAAGGAGAGAAACGAUGGGAGGAGGUGCGGCUGUUAAAGAGAAUUAA